AGGUCCCGGUGAGGAGAGCUUGGCCGCCACCAACAGUAGAGAAUCUACCUUUCUGCUGGGGCUGCCAGGUGUGACGGCCCAGGGAGGAGUCGGGCUGGUCAGUGUCCUGCAGCUGUAAAUGCCCAAGAGAUCCUGGCCAAGGGGCUCGAGCCCUGAUCCCGCUGCCCAUGUUGGAGUGAAGAGCAGAUUCAGGUCUUCUCCCUGACUCACCCUGAGGGACAGAGACUAGAUGGAGAACGUGGCAAGUUUCCCAGAAUCCUUCACAUCCAGGUUCCUCGUCAUCCUCCUCUUUCUCCAGCUGCUCACAAUGGGUUCAGCUCAGUUUUCUGUGAUUGGACCUGCUGAGCCUGUCCUGGCCUUGGAGGGGGAAGACACUGAGAUGCACUGUCACUUGAACCCUAAGAAAAGUGUUGAGUUUAUGGAGGCGAGGUGGUUCCGAUCCCAGCCCUCUAAUGUCGUGCACCUGUACGAUAGUGGAGCGGAGCUGUUUGGAGAGCAGAUGGAGGAGUAUCAAGGGAGGACGGAGUUGGUGAGAGAUGCCAUGGAUUAUGGGAGUGUGGCUGUGAGACUACGCAAUGUCAGAGUCUCUGAUGAGGGAAACUAUCUUUGUUCUUUCUAUGACGGCAAUUCUGAUGAUGAAGCCCCUCUAGAGCUGCAGGUGGUUGGUGAGUAGCCGGUUUUUCAUUGUGACCAGUGGACUCAUUCUUAUGCAGCCUUACAGACAAUCCUUUCCUUACCCAGAAUCCCUUACAGCUUCAGCCCUCUACAAGGUCCACUCCUCUUACCCAGUGUCCUAGUCUUGCUGCCCCCUCACUCAACAUUGACCAGUGCAGUAUUUCCAUGGAACACUCUCCAUGGGUCAGUCUCUUCCUGGGUUGUUUCUGGACUGGAUUUCUGUGAUUCUGAAUAACUUGGGGCUAAGCUGGGGCUCAGGGAAAGACACCCCUUCUUCACCUACUGGACAGGCUUUCCCCAGAACCUCUUUUAUAUUUUCUAAUGUUGGGGUCUCACCUGAUCUGGGGACUGUGAAGAGUCGGGACAGGACUCUGUUCUGGUGGUCUCAGCCCAGUCUGGUCAGGAUGGAGCAGGGCUACAUCUAGGUCUGGUUACGCUCCAUCGCUGUGGGGACCGGUUGGGGGUCACAAGAGGUCAUGGAGGGUUGGGUUGAACUGGGGUGAGGUGAGGUCAGGCUGGUUGGGGCAGGGUCUGUGAAGGCAGACAA